AUGGCUGACCCUAAUUACAACUCAAACUUUUUCCACCACAAUGGAUAUCUCAAUUAUUUCAACCUUAACCCUAACCAUAACCAUAACCAUAACCAUAAUUACCUUUUUACCCCAUCAACCUUCUCCUCCACGUCAUACAACCAUCCUUACCAUCCUUUGCUCUACUCACAGUGCCACGUGGCAUCGUCACCAUCAUCGCCGCCGCUCAAAGAAGCUUUGCCCCUCCUCCGCUUGAGCCCAACAAGGCCUAACACCUCGGAAAAUCAAGAUUCGUCAUCUUUUAAUAAUAAUAAUAAUAAUAUUAAUCGUCGUCAUAAUUACAAUAUUGAUUGUAGUUUUCCUAUGGAGACUUCAAAAAUUGACGAGUUUGAGGAAGUGAACCUGAAUUUAGGGCUUUCGACUCCAGCUGGCGGUUUUUGUGAUUCGGAUACGGUGUCGAGGGACAGUACCACGGUAAAUUGCAUCAGUAAUAAAGAAGAAGUUACCGUUGCCAACAGCGGUUAUGGGUGUAAUAAUAAUUACCCCGCGAGCCCAAUUAACAGAGGACAGUAUUGGAUUCCGACUCCGACCCAGAUUCUGAUCGGCCCGACCCAGUUUUCGUGCCCGCUUUGCUUCAAGACUUUCAACAGAUACAACAACAUGCAGCCGACAGCCAUGCUUCGGCUGCCGUGCUAUUGUUGUGCGGCCGGUUGCCGAAACAACAUCGACCACCCACGAGCCAAGCCUUUGAAGGACUUCCGAACCCUACAGACACACUACAAACGCAAGCACGGAAUAAAGCCGUUUAUGUGCCGUAAGUGCGGGAAAGCCUUUGCGGUGAGGGGGGAUUGGCGGACCCACGAGAAGAACUGUGGGAAGCUUUGGUAUUGCACGUGCGGCUCAGAUUUCAAGCACAAGAGGUCGCUCAAGGACCAUAUUAAGGCGUUUGGGGAAGCUCACUCGGCUUGCGGGAUUGAUUGUUUCGAGGCGGAGGAUGACGAGCUGGCCUCGGAAGUCGAACAGGAUAACGAGUCGUCUUUGGUGUAG